AUGAACAAAAAGUCAAGAAAAAUGUCAGAAAUUAAAAGAAACAAUUUUAUUAAUGUUCCUUUACAGUUAAGUAGCUACAACAAUUAUAUACAACAGUCAACAGAACAAGAUCAAGAAGAUGAUUUUAGUGAGAUCAGUAUCAAUAAGAUUUAUUUUAUUAAAAAUGAAGAAACCAGUUCAAUUGAGUUAGGUGAGAGAUCUCCGGGUGUCAAUGAAUUGGAUGAAUUAAAUUCUUUUUUUCCAAUGUUCAAUUUUUUUGAGAACAUGGAUAAAAGAGAUUCAUCUGGUUCACCAAUACUGAAUAUCCAACAAGAUAAUGCCAUUAAGGGGGGUCAAGAUUAUAAAGGAAGUGAUAGUCUUUAUUCAGAUGAUUCCUCAAAUAAGGUAAAUAUAUCUAGCAGUUGGGAAAACAAUGAAGUUCUAUAUCCAUUAACUUCAACUUUCUCAGGUCAAAAGGUAUGGCCUAAUAUUGAUACUAGAAGAGAAUUUUCUUCAAACAAUGAUGCUCAAAGAAAGAAUGUUAAGUGUUUAGAAACUAGUAUAAAGAAAGAAUCUCCAACCAAUUCAAGUGAGAAUGAACCUCUAUUGGCACUAAAUAAUAACAAUAUGGCAAAAAAUGAUGUUAAUUUUAUAGUAAACCUAGAUAAGGUUUUGAAAAAUGAUAAAUUACUUGAUUGGAAUUUUGACUUUGAAAAAGAAAUCAAUAGGCAAUAUCCAAUUGUUAUCUCAUCUUCUCAAGAAGGUGAUAUAUCUCCAACGCACCCUAAUUUAGAGUAUUCUAAUAAGCAACCUUCAAAUCCUAGUGUUGUUAAUAAAUUACUAAUGAAUAUUCAGAAAAGAACAGAUGACACUCAAGGUUCUAAUGGCGUCAACCUAAUAUCUUUAGAUUAUUUGAAGAGAAAUGACUCUAAUGUUUCCCAAAUUUAUAAAAAUAAUAUGGGAACACAGGCAGGUGAGAGUGACAGUUCUUUUAGUCUCAGCACAUCAGAAGAAAGUAGGCAAUCUUUAAUAGGAGGAUUUGGAAAAUUCAGUUCUUUAGAUUCCAGUUUAACUAACUCUGAAAAUAGUGGUUUUGAUCUGUUAGUACCUAAACAAGAAUUAAUGGAAGAAGUAGUCGAUAAAAGGCAACAUAAAUGUGCUUAUUGUGAUAAACGAUUCAGUCAGACGGGUAAUUUGAAUACACAUCAAAGAUUGCAUACAGGUGAAAGACCGUAUGAAUGCCACAUCUGCAACAAGAGAUUCUCCAGAAAGGGUAAUUUGACAGCCCAUGUUAUAACCCAUAAAAAAUUGAAACCAUAUAUCUGUAAAGUUGAUGGUUGCAAUAAAAAAUUCACACAAUUGGGUAACAUGAAAGUUCAUCAAAAUAAGUUCCAUUAUGAAACUAUUUUGAGGCUUUCAGAUUCCUUUAAUAAGGAGGAGUCCAAAGAAUACUUAUCUAAAGAAGAUUCGGAAACAUUAAAAUAUUUCAGAACCAUAUAUUCACAUCCUAGCAGAGGUAAAAAGAAAGAUGGUACCUUAGACAUUGAAAAAUAA